GAAAACACGCAGAUAGCAAGAGAAAGUGUUGCUCCUCGGAUUGAUUCAUGCCAUGUCCUAGAAAACAUUUUUAUAGAUACAACUUUAGCACAGACGCUACUAAUUUUAACUCUCGCGGACAUUUUUUAGUAUGUUUAAUCCAAUCCGUCUGAGAGAUAUGCUAAUUAAUUGCUGACAAGCUACAGGCCUAAAGCACAGAAACAUGAACGUUUCAUAUACUUUUAAAUCCUCUUCUUAGUGGACAAGACUGCAAGUCAUACUGAACAGCAGAUUGUUGUCACAGUGCUGAUCAAUGAUAGUUUAUCUGCAGUAUGUCAGAGAAGAGAGGAAAGAUGAGUCUCUCACAGAAACAGAGUGUAAGAUCAGGCUCACAUGUGUCCAGCUCUGUGUCUGUGAAGAGUGACUGGUCAAAAGAUCAUCCACCGGACUUAAGUGAGAAAAAAGCAUCAGCUACCAAAAGUGUAAGAUCAGGCUCACAUGUGUCCAGCUCUGUGUCUGUGAAGAGUGACUGGUCAAAAGAUCAUCCACCGGACUUAAGUGAGAAAAAAGCAUCAGCUACCAAAAGUGUAAGAUCAGGCUCACAUGUGUCCAGCUCUGUGUCUGUGAAGAGUGACUGGUCAAAAAAUAAGCCACCGGACUUCAGUGAGAAAAAACCAUCAUCUACCAAAAGAGUUCAAUAUGAGGCAUUAGAUUCAGACGUCCAGACUCACAGGAACUACAAGAAUUUCAAAGACAAUCUCCUGUGGAUCUUCCAGGAUCUUGAAAGCAAAAUAAUCACAUUUCUGAAGAAUGAGCUGGAAAAGUUUAAGAAAAUAUUACAAAAAGACGACAUGCAAUGCUUUGUGAAGGAUUUUAAUGAGAACAGAUGCGGUAACAAAGAAGCAGCUCUUGAUCUCACGCUCUACUUCCUGCGAGACAUGAAGCAAGAUGAAGCUGCUGAUACUCUAGAAGAUGAGCUGGUCUUCAUUCAUCAGCUAAAAUGUAGCCUAAAGAAGAAGUAUCAAUGUGUGUUUGAAGGAAUUGCAAAGCAAGGUGACUCUACACUUCUGAACAACAUCUACACAGAUCUCUAUAUCACUCAGGGUUGUAGUGAACAGGUCAAUACUGAACAUGAGGUAAGACAGAUUGAAGUUGCUUCCAGACGUCAUGAAUCACAGGAGAUACAGGUUGAGUGCAAAAAUUUGUUUGAAGCACCUGAACAAGACAAGCAGAUCAGAACUGUACUGACAAAAGGAGUUGCUGGCAUCGGAAAAUCAGUCUCUGUGCAGAAGUUUGUUCUGGAUUGGGCCGAAGGAAAAGAAAAUCAAGAUAUCAGCUUCAUAUUUCCUCUUCCAUUCAGAGAGAUGAACUUAAAGGAGAAAGAAAAACUAAGUUUGAUGGACCUUAUAACUCAGUUUUUCCCAGAGACAAAAGGACUGAACCUUACAAGAAGAAAUCAAUUCAAAGUCUUGUUCAUUCUUGAUGGAUUGGAUGAAUGUAGACUUCCUGUAAACUUUAAGGAUAAUGAGACGUGGUCUGAUGUAUCAUCACCAGCCUCUCUGGAUGUUCUCCUAACGAACCUCAUCAAGGGAAAUCUGCUUCCUUCUGCUCUCAUCUGGAUCACCACCAGACCAGCAGCUGCCAGUAAGAUUCCUCCUGACUGUAUCGACCGGCUGACAGAGAUACGAGGAUUCAAUGAUGCACAAAAGGAGGAGUACUUCAGAAAGAGAUUAAUGGAUGAGAAUCUGGCCAAAGAAAUCAUUGAUCAUGUUAAACAAUCAAAGAGUCUCUUUAUCAUGUGCCACAUCCCAGUCUUCUGCUGGAUUUCAGCCACUGUUCUCCAGAACAUUUUAGAGGCAAAAUGUAAUAAUGUUGUGAAAAACAAUCAGGCUGAUGAUGCCUCCAAAACACUGCAGGAGUCAAAUACUGAAGACACUCCUAAGACUCUGACACAAAUGUACACACACUUUCUCAGAUUUCAGAUCCAGCAGAGCAGACGAAAGUAUGAUGGAGAAUAUACACCAGAUGUUUCCUGGGAUAAAGAUGCCAUCUUUUCACUGGGGAAACUGGCAUUUGAUCAGCUGGAAAGAAACAAUGUGAUCUUCUAUGACACAGAUCUGGAAGCCUGUGGUAUUGACGUCUAUAAGGCAUCAGUGUACUCAGGCAUGUGUACCCAGAUCUUUAAGGAGGAAACAGGGAUCGUUCUUGGUACCAUGUACUGCUUCGUUCACUUGAGCAUUCAAGAGUUUAUUGCAGCCCUUUAUGCACAUCUGUUUCUAGACAUAAAGCAGAGAAGUAUAUUUGUUCAUGUGUCUACCGAACAAGAAAACAAAAGUGAAACCAUGAUUGAUUUGCUCAAGACUGCAGUGGACAAGGCACUCGAGAGUGAUAAUGGACACCUGGAUCUUUUUCUUCGAUUCCUCCUUGGUUUGUCACUCCAGUCCAAUCAGAGACUCUUACAGGGUCUGUUGACACAGCAAAAUAGAAAUGACCAGAGCAAAAAGGAAAUAGUUCAGUACAUCAAGCAGAAAAUUGAAGCUAAUCUGUCUCCAGAGAGAUCCAUCAAUCUGUUCUACUGUCUGAAUGAACUGAACGACCAAACUCUGGUGAAAGAGAUUCAGACCCACCUUAGCAAAGGAAGUCUCUCAUCUGCUGAUCUUUCACCUGCCCAGUGGUCUGCUUUGGCCUUUGUGUUGUUGACAUCAGAGGAGGAGCUGGAGGAGUUUGAGCUUCAGAAAUUCAAGAAAUCAGACGAGUGUCUCAUUAGAUUAUCAGCAGUCAUCAAAACCUCCAAAAGAGCUCUGUAA